AUACCCCUAAGAUGGCUUUAUAGUUGGUCUUAUAAAGACACCUACCCACAACAUCCCCUUUCUCCAAUUCCUCACUCACUAACAUAACAACCUUUUUUCUCCUUCACAUUCUCCAUUCCACAACAUCAAGGUUCUGAUCAUGUCGGGGAAGAGGCCCCGGCCAAUGAUCGGAAAGUUGUCGGAGUUGUUGGUCUCGAGAGGCCGCACGGUGGCACUUUUGGACACCACUGGAAGCCCAAGAGGCCCAUUAGACAUGAAGAUGAUGCAAUCACCAAGAGGCUUAAAAAAUUAUGAUCUUGGUGGCGUUGGUCUUGGAAUUGUGGUGGCUCUUGAUAAAUCCAAUAACGAGGUUGCUGCACGUGAAGUUUUGCCCAAACACACCGUUUGCACCUCCAAUUUGAACCGGUCCGGCCCAAUUCCGGUUCACUACACCAAAAACCCAGAUGAAUUUGAUGUCGAGGAAUACACCUAUGUGACAUGCCGCGUACCUAACAAAACGUUCACCAAGGUAUACUAUGAUGGUGGUGAAGGUGAUAUUAUUCGGAGACAAAACAACAACAACAACAAAAACAACGUUGUAGUUCUCAGAAGAACCGAACCACAACCUUUGAUUGAGCCCGAAUCAUCGUACCCCACAUCGAGUUUUCUCAGUUCAUGUCACUUAUGUGGAAAGAAACUCCACGGCAAAGACAUAUACAUGUACAGAGGAGAGAAAGCGUUUUGUAGCCCUGAGUGUCGUUCGAGUCAAAUAACGAUGGACGAAAGGAAGGAACGGUGUAGGUCAGAAGCUUCAAGGUCUGUGGAAAUGUCAAGUUCGCCAUAUACAAGGGAGCAAAUAUUUUCAACUGGGAUUCUUGCGCUUUAGCGUCACUCUCUGGGUGCGGAAAUAAAUUAAUUAACCAGAGAUUGAUGAUGCUACUACGUACAUACAUAAUAAUAUACGGCUAUACUAUUAUUCAAGACAGCUUGAUUUGAAACAAAAACAAAAGUUUUGAUCGGCUAAAGGGGUAGAUAUUCUGAUGUAUUUUUUGUUUUAUCAAGAAGCCAAAGAGUUAUGAAUUUUCAGAUCUCAGUUGCACAGAUUAAGUUUGUUCUGUU